AUGCCGGGCAUAUCACCUGACGUCAUCUCCCAUAGGCUAAGCAUUAAUCCUGUCGUCCGACCCGUUCGGCAGAAGCGUCGUGCUUAUGACCCAGAGUGGUAUGAGGCCAUGAAGGCGGAGGUGGAUAAGCUGAGCACCAUUGGAUUCAUCAAAGAGGUGGAUUAUCCCACCUGGCUAGCCAAUGUGGUAAUGGUACAUAAACCAAGGAAGGGUUGGCGCAUGUGCAUAGACUACACAAAUCUGAACCGGGCCUGCUCAAAGGAUAGUUUCCCCCUACCCCGCAUUGACCAGCUAGUUGAUGCCACAGCUGGCCACGCCCUCCUCAGCUUCAUGGACGCUUACUCAGGGUACAACCAGAUCUUCAUGCACCCUGAGGACCAAGCUCAUACAUCCUUCAUCACUGAUCAUGGCCUUUACUGCUACAAAGUCAUGCCCUUCGGCCUCAAGAAUGCCGGGGCUACGUAUCAGCGUCUGGUGAACAGCAUCUUCGCUCCACUAAUUGGCAACACUAUGGAGGUUUAUGUUGAUGAUAUGCUGGUCAAGAGUCGCACUGCUGACCAGCACAUCUCCAACCUCUCCGCCAUGUUCACCAUUUUGAAGCAGUAUAAGAUGCGGCUCAACCCUACCAAGUGUGCAUUUGGGGUGGCCUCCGGCAAAUUCCUUGGCUUCAUGAUCAACCAAAGAGGUAUUGAGGCCAACCCAUAA